AUUUCUAUCCAUGUCUCGUUACCUCAAGAAUAAUACGUAUCGUUCAUUUAUCACUUAGAUUUUUCACAAUACCUGUGAAAUUUACGUUUUCAAACAUGAGCGAUAAAGAACAUAAAUUGAGCAUUUUAUCUAUUGCAGUCGCUUUUAACGCGGUGUUUACGAUUUUAUUACUGGGAUUUAUAGUACAUCAACAUGUUGAAAUAAAUAAAUUGAAAGACAAUGUAAGAAAAAUCGAGAACAACGAAAUUUCAAAAACAAAAGAAAUAAGCAGAGAUGAAAGCACGGAAAGUAAUAAGUUCGAGAAUGAUUUGUACACUACGGAAGAAAUAAAUAAGAUGCAAUAUACAAGCCGCGUGGCAAGAGCUGCUGACUCAAAGAACACAAAAUGUUGCGGAAAACGACGUCGAGGAAGGAAAGGCGAACAAGGACUACGUGGUUUCAAGGGAAAUAAAGGUAGCAGAGGACACAGAGGAAGAAAAGGUGACAUGGGUUAUAAAGGGAUAAAAGGUGAUAGUGGAAGAAAGGGAGAUACUGGUACCAAAGGUGAUACAGGUAUUCCUGGUGUACCAGGACCACCAGGAACUUCAACAACAAUUAAACCAACACAAAUUUAUGCUGAGUCAGCACAUUUAAUGGGUUAUGGUGGAGCAACAAGGCCAAGUUUAGCUUACAACAGAAUAACAAAUUGGCUUAAAAGUCAUGAAUCAGGAGGAAUGAAGUACAAUGAUGGAUAUUUAUAUGUGGCUCAUGAUGGAUAUUACUAUAUUUAUUCCCAAAUGUACUACUAUGCUGGUGAUACAGUGGCAAUGGCACAUAGAAUGAAGAUUAAUGAUCAUAUUGUGUUAACAGGUCAUAGUAGUGCAAGCUCUACAAAUAAGUAUAACACAAAUUAUAUUGGAGGAGUAUUUAAACUGACUAAAGGACAAAAAAUUUCAGUUUCAGCACCUUUUACCAACAUAUAUUAUUUUCAUAAACACGAAGCAUAUUUUGGCGCGUUUCUACUUCACGCUUUAAAACGUUGAAUUUAUUAAACGUCCUAGAUAGAAAUCACACUUGAAACAUACAAUAUUUACUUCGAAAUGAAAAGACAGAUUUUCGUGUUUCGUGAAUAAAUAGAAAUGUAAAUAUAAUCACGGUAUAGGCUAACACUAAAUAUGAAAAUAAGGCGUGUAAAAAUUGGAUGGAUGUCUGUACAAAAGUUGUAAAUAUUUUACCAAAAUAAUUAUGUAAUGACUAAUGAUAAGACAAACAAUUUCCUCAUUCAUAAAUUUACUUUACCAUUAAAAUUAACAUAGAAACUAAAAUAUGAGUAUUUUUAAAUUUUACCUAAUAAAUGCAUAAUAAACCUGGA